GGGUUAUUUUCAACCUGACUCCUGUUGAUUAACACAGUGAGAUCUUCAGUAAUUGACAGCAGGCGUUGCAUGUGGUACAUGAAUAUUAAGCUGAAAAUCUUCUCUAUUAAUCUGUAUGGAGGCACUAACUCUCUGUCUGUGUUUCUCUCCGCAGACGUUCUCCCGUCGGAUCCGCUGCAGUCUCAGUAUGACUCCUGGUUGUCUCUGGUGGAUCAUUUGAAUAUUAAAGCGUUUGUUAAUCUCACGCUGGCCGACUCUGUUAGACAUGGAGUUCAACACCUGCUGUUCAUAUCGGGACUCGGUGGUAUGCGACCCAAUACUCUGGUUUUGGGUUUCUAUGAUGAUAUCCCGCCUCAGGACCUGCUGCAGGACUCCUCUUUAUCGAUAUGCAAAUUCACUGACAACUCGUCUCAAACUGAUGACCCUGAAGACCAAAACGACCCGCCCUGCCAUUUCCCGCCAGUGCGAGGGGGCGUGUCUGUGGGCAGGGGCGGAGUCUGGGGCGGGAAGUCUAUGGGGCCUCAGGAGUAUGUGUGCGUCAUCGCAGAUGCGGUGAAGAUGCUGAAGAACGUAGCGUUGGCUCGAUAUUUCGGUCAGUUCGAUCGUACGCAGGCGCUCCAGGGGCCCGUAUUCGUCGAUGUGUGGCCGGUGAAUCUCUUGCGUCCGGACAGCGCCGCGUAUGUCGACACAUGCUCGCUGUUUUUGCUUCAACUCGCGUGUAUUUUGAACAUGACGAGGGCGUGGCAGAAAGCUAAGCUCCGCCUCUUUUUAUGCGUGGAGGAGGGGCGGAGCCUUAAAGGGACGGAACAGAAACUCAAACAUCUUUUGAAAGAACUGCGAAUGAAGGCGGAAAUCUGCACGGUUCCCUGGGAUUCGCAAGUCGCGCUUCAUUGGCAACGGCAGACGCGAUCGGAAAAAAUCGAAGAGAUGGAAAGCGAAGAGGGCGGAGUCGAAGCCGAUGAAGUGUUCGCGAACAGUUUCCCUAGCAACACCUCGCGAGUGUCAGACGAAUAUUUACAAGCGGUUAACAAACUCAUCCUGGACCAGACGCUCCGCCCACCCGCCGUCCGCUUCCUGUAUUUGCCCCGCCCCCCCGCCGACACCAGCCGUUACCAUGACUACCUGAAUCAGCUAGAGCUGCUCACGCGUAACCUGGGUCCGACCCUUCUGAUUCACGGGGUCACGCCAGUCAUCACCACUGACCUUUGACCUUUCCUCAUCAUGUGUACGUUAAAUUCCGAAAAGAGGAAUUUAAACGAAAAAAAAGAUUUCGGUUUAUUGUUUUUCACUUUUUCUGAGCACUUCACAUGUUUACUUCGGAAGAGAGAGAAAAUGUACACAAGAUGUUACGGAUCACGAGAAAACGUUUACCCGUUCCACUCAUUUCAUUCCGGUUCUUCCGUCUCUACUUGCCCUUUUCUUUUCUCGGAUUGUAACAAUGUAACAAGUGGAGUUCCUGGAAUUCCAGAAUGUUGCCACUCGGCAACUGAAUGUUUUUCCCGACUGUAAUGUUUUACGAUGUUUUUAGCCACUCCAGAAGUAUUUUGAAUUUCCACAGCAAAAGAGCAAAGAUUUGUGAGUGUGUUUGUUUACUUGAUGCAAUAAUAAUAAUGUUUUUUUACGGCCAAGAUGGAUCUCUUGCUUUCAGCGGUAACACUGAGGUUUACCGUUUUAUUCACACCAAACCAAAGUGCUUUGUGUGUGUGUCACGUGCCUUUUUUGUUACAAAACUGAACAAAAACACACGCGUGCGACUAACGAACAGUACGACAGUAUACCUCCACACGCGUGUACGAAAUCACACUCCAUUCUGUGUUUGUAUGGUUUUUAAUAUGCAAUCAUUUUAAGCACUGCCAAAUUUAAGUAUAUCAAUAAAUAAAAUUGUUUAAUA